GCAACCAACUCCAGCCUGUUCAACAUCCCGAAGCUCGCAGAAGACGGCUCAAACUGGAUAACCUACAAGGAAAGAACAUUAACGGCUAUUGGAGCACGAGGUUUGAUGCGAUUUACCAAUGGUCAAGCCUAUGAGCCAGCGCCUUUUGCCCUCCAUAAGGAUACCAAAACCCCUAUUAAGGCGGAUGGUACGGCGCCCUCGCCAGCUGAGAUAGAUGAGCUGGAAAAGAAAGUCGAUGAGUACCACCAGAAGAAUGCUCUGGUAAAGCAGCAGAUCUUUAGCAUGAUCACCGAUUGGCUAUUGCUCCGCGUCCAGAACCUCUAUGAGGGCUCUGAUAUCUGGGCAGAGAUCUGUCAGAUACAC